ACCUGUUAGGUGCUUCAUAACCUUAUUAAAACGUAAACAAAUAAUUAUGGAUGCCUUUAUUGAAGAUACUUUAGAAAUCCCCCAAGAAUUUGAAUUUCCAUUCAAACCUUACGACAUUCAAACGGAAUUUAUGCAAAAUUUGUAUCAUGUUAUUGAAACAAGAAAAUUGGGGAUAUUUGAAAGUCCCACAGGAACGGGAAAAUCGUUAAGUAUUAUUUGUGGUGCGAUUAAAUGGCUUAAAGAUCAUAAUAAAUUUAUUAGAAGUCAAAUUAACAAGGAAAUUACCAAAUUAGAGGAAGCAACAGCAAAACUAUCGACUAAUGAUGACUGGUUCACUUCUCAAACGAAAGAAAUUGAAUUGAACAGAAAACUGGAUGAUUUAAAAAUUGAACAGAAAAAAAUUAUUGCAUAUGACGAAAAAAUUGAAAAAAUUAUUUCAGUUAAAGGUAAUAAGUUUAAGCAGAAGAGUAAACUUUUGAAAGGGUUAGAUUCACAAGAACUAAACAAAAAUGAAGAAAAAAAUGUUGAAGAAGAUGAUAUUAUAUUGGAUGAUGAUCCUCAUAAUGCUCCUGAUGAAUAUGAUAAUCAAGAAGAAAAUGAGGAACAGUACAAACCUGUAAAAAUAUAUAUAUGCAGCAGGACUCACUCUCAGUUAUCUCAGUUUGUGGGUGAAAUUAUUAAAUCUCCAUUUGCAAAAAACAUAAGGGUUGCAACUUUAGCCUCCAGACAAAAUUACUGUAUUAAUCCGGAAGUCACAUGCCUGAAAAAUAUGGCACUAAUCAAUGAAAAGUGUUUAGAUAUGCAAAAACCAACGUCAAAGACAACAAAACAAGAUGAAGGCAAAACCAUUAAGAAGCAAAAACAAUCAUCGGCGACGGCACGUUGUCCUUAUUAUAAACCAGAAGCAAUAGAAGAACUAAAAAAUUGGACAUUGACAGAAGUUCAAGAUGUAGAAGAUUUGAUUGCGAGUGGCAAAGAAUUGAAUGCUUGCCCAUAUUAUGGUAGCAGACGAGCGGCAGAAGAUGCGGAAAUUAUUUUGCUUCCAUAUAACACAUUGUUGCAUAAAGCUACCAGUGAAGCAAGUGGUAUUAUACUGAAGGAUAAUGUUGUUAUAAUUGAUGAAGCUCACAAUUUAUUAGAAGCAAUGGCUCAAAUGUAUAAUUCAGAGGUUAAUUUGAACCAGUUAAAACAUGCUGUGCAUCAGUUGAAAUGUUACAAGAAACGUUUUAGUACUAGAUUCUCUGCAAAAAACUUGCUUUCAAUCAAUCAACUUACUUUUGUAGUUAAUAAGCUGUUGGAAUUUCUAGAAAAAGGUAUUGAUUGUUUAAAAGAAAGUAAAAUAGAUAUUAGCCAAAUAGGUAGUUUUAUGUUCGACGCAGAAAUCAGCAAAUACAACAUAUCUGAGAUCAUCAAGUUUUGCAAAGACACGAGAAUUGCACAAAAAAUUCGCAUAUAUUCAAUAAAAUAUCCAUUGGAAGAGGCAACAAAUGUACAAACCGCAAAAAAAGGAGUGAAGGAUUUUUUAGCCAGUAUAGAGAACAAAAAACCCGUCAAUGUGAAAGUAGAACCUCAGAAAAGUGAAAAGAAGAAUGAAGAACGUUCAGUUCCACCUCCAAGUAAUCCACUUUUGGCAGUGAUAUCCUUCUUGGAAUGUCUUAGAUGUGAUUCUAAGGAUGGAAGGAUUUUAAUCACCAAAAGUGUCGAUAAGCUUCAAUCAAAAUUACAAUUUUUGUUAUUAAACCCUUCUUCAAAUUUUAGCGAUGUCGUUAAAGAAGCUAGAUCAGUAAUUGUUGCUGGGGGUACCAUGAAACCAAAUGACGAAUUCCGAGACCGCCUCUUUGUAGGUUCUGGAGCCGAUCCCAAAAGAAUUUUAGAAUUCUCCUGUGACCAUAUAAUUCCACCCGAAAACAUUCUUCCGUUAAUUCUCAGUAAAGGACCCAAACAGGAAAAUUUACUUUUCAACCUCGAAAGGCGAUUCAAUAUGUCCAAUGCAAUAAAGAGUAUUCUCGAGGAUACCUGUAAAAGAGUCAGAGGUGGAAUCGUGGUGUUCUUCCCAUCAUACAAGUACGAAAAUUGGGCUUGGCAACAAGUGAAGGAUGCCAACUUCGGCCGACCUGUUUUCAGGGAACCGCAAACUGGCAAAUCAGGCGGAACUGUCGAACAAGUAUUACAAAAAUACGCAGAUGCCAUUAAAAGGUCCUCCAGUCGUGGUGCUUUAAUGUUCAGUGUUGUUGGUGGAAAAUUAAGCGAAGGUUUGAAUUUCAGCGACGAUUUGGGUAGAUGCGUGAUAGUUAUCGGUUUGCCUUACGCAAAUAUUAUGGCAACAGAUUUAAAGGAAAAAAUGGCCUAUUUAGACAAGACUGAAGGUUCUGGUUCUGGACAAAAGUUCUAUGAAAAUAUGUGUAUGAAAGCGGUAAAUCAAUGUAUUGGUAGGGCUGUUCGCCAUAAGGACGAUUACGCGACAGUUUUAUUGGUGGACGAGCGAUUUAAUAGAAGUUCCACAAAAAGUUCCCUUCCUGGUUGGAUAAAAAGAUCAUUGAGAACACCAAACGGUUACCAAGAAUGUUUCAAAUUCAUUAAUGAAUUCUUUCAACACAAAAAAACGUCUAUAUAAAGGUUUGUGAUAUGAUUAUAAAUGAUAUGUAUUUAUGAUAAUAUAUUAAACAAUUUAAAAGUAAA